GCGGUAUCGUAGGAAACGCCGGGGCAGCCCCUCGGACCGGUGCCGGGGCGGUCCUGGGGCGGAGCCGAUCCCGGUGCCGGUGGUGGGGCGCGGGGGCGGCCGGAGCGGGGCAGCGGCGGAGCUCGGGGCAUGGCGGGCCUGGGCGCCCCGGAGCCGGGCAGCGGCCCCGGUCCCGGCCCCGUCCCGGCCACCCGGGUGGAGCUGACGGUGUCCUGCAGGCAGCUCCUGGACAAGGACACCUUCUCCAAGUCCGACCCACUCUGUGUGCUGUACACCCAGCGCCCCGGCUGCCGGCAGUGGCGGGAGUUCGGCCGGACCGAGGUCAUCGACAACACCCUGAACCCCGACUUUCUGCGCAAGUUCGUCCUCGACUAUUUCUUCGAGGAGAAGCAGAACCUCCGCUUCGACCUGUAUGAUGUGGACUCCAAGAGCCCCGACCUCUCCAAACACGAUUUCCUGGGCCAGGCCUUCUGCACCCUGGGCGAGAUCGUGGGCUCUGCCGGCAGCCGCCUGGAGAAGCCCCUGACGAUGGGGACAGUCACCACGCAUGCGCGGGGCAGGAGACCCGCUCCGGCCGUCUCCAACGGCGGCAUCCCCGGGAAGAAGUGCGGCACCAUCAUCCUCCUCGCCGAGGAGCUGGGCAACUGCCGGGACGUGGCCACGCUGCAGUUCUGUGCCAACAAGCUGGACAAGAAGGAUUUUUUCGGCAAAUCUGACCCCUUCAUGGUCUUUUACCGCAGCAAUGAGGACGGGACCUUCACCAUCUGCCACAAGACGGAGGUGGUGCGGAACACGCUGAACCCGGUGUGGCAGGCGUUCGCCAUCCCGGUGCGCGCCCUCUGCAACGGCGACCACGACCGAGCCAUCAAGGUGGAGGUGUACGACUGGGACCGCGACGGCAGCCACGACUUCAUCGGGGAGUUCACCACCAGCUACCGGGAGCUGGCGCGGGGACAGAGCCAGUUCAACGUCUACGAGGUGGUGAACCCCAGGAAGAAGAUGAAGAAGAAGAAAUACCUGAACUCGGGGACGGUGACACUGCUGUCCUUCGCCGUGGAGUCCGAGCACACCUUCCUGGACUACAUCAGGGGCGGGACCCAAAUCAACUUCACAGUGGCCAUCGACUUCACUGCGUCCAACGGGAACCCCUCGCAGUCCACCUCGCUGCACUACCUGAGCCCGUACCAGCUCAACGCGUACGCCAUGGCGCUCACCGCCGUGGGCGAGAUCAUCCAGGACUACGACAGUGACAAGAUGUUCCCGGCGCUCGGCUUCGGCGCCAAGAUCCCGCCCGAUGGCCGCGUGUCCCACGAGUUCCCGCUGGUGAGGACCCGUCCCCGAGGGUGGGGACAGCGGGGUUGGGGACACGGUGGCGUUGUCACCGUCCUCGCCCGGCAGAACGGGGAUGCAGCCAACCCAGCGUGCAGCGGCAUCGCGGGCGUGCUGGAGGCGUAUCACCGCAGCCUGCGCAGCGUCCAGCUCUACGGACCCACCAACUUUGCCCCCGUCGUCAACCACGUUGCCCGGUCGGCGGCGGAGGUGCUGGAUGGGUCGCAGUACUUCGUGCUGCUCAUCAUCACCGACGGCGUCAUUUCGGACAUGGCGCAGACCAAGGAGGCCAUCGUCAACGCUGCCAAGCUCCCCAUGUCCAUCAUCAUCGUGGGGGUCGGCCAGGCCGAGUUUGACGCCAUGGUGGAGCUGGAUGGUGACGACAUCCGCAUCUCAUCCCGCGGGAAGGUGGCCGAGAGGGACAUCGUGCAGUUUGUCCCCUUCCGGGACUACGUGGAGGGGGGGUCCAGCGCGGGGCUGAGCAUGGCCCGGCUGGCCCGGGACGUCCUGGCCGAGAUCCCCGACCAGCUCAUCUCCUACAUGAAGGCCCGAGGGAUCAAACCCCAGCCCGCAACCCCCAGCCCUGACCCCCCCGGCCCCCCCGUGCCCCCCCAGCCCUGACCCCCCCGCUCUGUCACCCCCUGUCCCCAGGUUUGAGUGUUUGUCUGAGUGCCCCCCUUUCCUUGCACCAGGGAUAAGUGGUAACAGGUCCCUGUGCCCAAGGGGGGACAUGAGCCCUGGGUAGGGGGGGUUUCCCUCCUGACCUCCAAAAUCACAUUUUUGGGGUCAUCUCUGGUGGCCCUGGUGACAUUUGGAUCAUGCUCAUCCCGUUCCCAGCCCUGGGGGUGACACAUGAUCCACCCCCCCCAUCCUGCAACAAGUGCUGCUGCUCCCAGGGGGGUCCCAGGUCCCCUUUUGUGUCCCCCCCCCCGCCCUUCACUUUUGUACUUGCAUGGACCGUGUGUCCCCCCCACGUCCCGUGUGUGUCUGCUGUGGGUUUGUAUCAAGUGGCCUUAAACCAGAAUAAACUAUAGUCUUUUUAAUUGUCUAA